GUACACCGUUUACAGAAGUCAAACAGCCUUUCGUGAGAACGGAAGACACAAAAAAUCGUUGUCGUUUCGCGCCGUCUGGAGUCCUUGUACUGCACUGAAAACGGACGGUUCGGUUAAAGAGGUGUUGCCCCUCACUUCCGUGUGUGUUUUUUUUUUUUUCUUACCAGAAGAAUAGUGCGGGGUGAGUUAAGGCCCAUUCAGUUUUCUGUUCAAUCAGUGUGUACGCAUACGACCAAUCGUCUCCGUUCGAGUUGCCCCAUGGAAGAAGAAAAAACGUUUUCCAGCUCCAUCUUUUGGGUGGGGAUUUUCUCAGUGCUCGUCGGUUGUUCAGGCGAUGAAAAAUGUUCAAGUGCUUACACACUUGAGUUUGUGAUAAAGCUAAAUAUUGAAUGGCAGUGAAAAUUUUCAGCAGGAAACCAGUGAAAACCAAUUGUGAAGCAAAAUUGUGUGGGUGCAGUAAUGGUUUCUUCCUCUGGUGCGUAAGAUUACCGUAGCUAGUGCAGUGAAAGGCAGCGAUAAAUAUUAAAUGCAAGGAUACAAGCCUAAUUCGUCCCAGUGUGAGCGAAACGAUGAAUAUUUGAUCCGCCCAGAAAACGAUUUACAAGGCGAGCAAACUGAGCAUGGUCACUUUCAGAAAUAAUGUUUCGUGCUUCAUGGAAGAAUAUCAAACUGUCACAAAUGAGACGAGUGAAAGAAGAUGGAUGUCUAAAUCCGCCAAACGAGGCGCAAAAAUAUCACAAGCUGAAAGAUAAAUAAAAGAUAUAGAAAAAAAAAGAUUUAUUUGAUCCCUAGUGCGGGAGAUCUCGUGUCGUGAAAACUCGCAAUCGGAAAAGCGUUUGAACAAGGAUACAGAAAAAAAAAACACAAGCACCCAGCGGACGCGAAGAUUUAUCCGCUUGGAUUUUCAACUCAAAAGAUAGUCACUGUGGUGUGAAUGGGCUUCUUGAUUAAAGGAUAAGUAGUAAAAAGCCACUGAUGACACCCGUGGGCUGACAUCCAUCCAUUCGGCUGUGAUAAGAUAGUGAUCUUAGUGGCAGAGCUCAACUUCUGUGUAAAAAAAAGAAAAGAAAACGGUUCAGGAUUAUGGCCGAUCUACAGGCGACCAUCGAGUUUGCAGUCGAGUUGUACAAAUUCUACAAUGUGGAUCUGUUCCAGCGAGGAUUAUACCAAGUGCGAUGUUCGUUGCGAGUUUCACCCCGAUUGCCUGUUCAGGUGGAGACAUGCCUUCCGGAUGCAUCCCAAACGGUGGGUGCACCUUCAGUGGUGUCAGCCGCUCCCGUUUCCGCUCCUUCUUCCGGGAUGAGUGGAAUAACAGUUUCGGCUGGCAACGGUUCCACCGGUGGCAGCAGUAUUGCUCCCGGUUCUGCUGCGAGUAAUGCUAACACACCCAUCUCUACCAAUUCCUCCACCGGCUGCAAUGCGGGUACGGCGAGCGGCAGCGGGACGGGGAGCAGCAAUACCACCACCGCCGGACCUGGCGGCUCGCCUACCACAACAACCGGGACGGCAGGCUCCACUGCAACCAUUAUCAAUGACUGCGGCGCUUCGCGUGUGUUCCAGAUUCUCUACCGUAACGAAGAAGUGUCGCUGCGUGAUGUUAUCAUGUUCCGAGCUCAUUUACUGGUGGAUAGUCGACAUCUGAAAGAAUCCAUCGAACGAGCAGAAUUUUCGCUAACCCUGGAGCUUUGGUUCGGGGAACAGAUAAACGGCAACGGGCUGAGUCUGGCAUCCGCACGAACCUUGCAGCUCAACUUUCAUCCUGGCAGAGGAUUGCACUACCAUCUGCCGGUACUGUUCGACUACUUUCAUCUGGCAGCGGUCAGCGUAGGAAUACACGCCAGUCUAGUGGCGCUUCAUCAGCCCUACAUCAAAAAAAGUAUUUUACACUAUGUACAAAGCUGUGCCCCGAAGUCAACCAAGCCAUGGAUCGGCAGCACCAAACUGAACUGUCGCGGUGGGAACUCCCCGGGUCCACUGGAGGCCAUCUUUUUCGGGCCACAUGUUGGAAGUGGAGCCAAAUGCGGUGGUGGUUCUGCCGGCCGCCUACUACAUGCUCGCAACGUCCACAAGGAAAUCUGUGCCUUGCUGCUGGGAGCACUCGAAUCUUUGAGGCUCUCAUUGCAGGAGUUUUGCACUGUAUUACCACACCAAUGGGCGAGCUUGACUGGAUCGACACCGCUCUCUAAUUUAGACACCGAGCAUAGACUGAGAAAGCUUGCGGAUUCAGCGAAGCUGAUGGAUACCGAAGAUGACCUAGCAGCGCGCGCCAAUUCGGAUAUUGCGCAGUUAUGCGCAGAAUGUAUUCUCUAUUGGAGACGUGUACUUUCUGCUGCCACGCAACCCUCGGUGCACAGUUUACUAUCUAAGAAACAUCACAUUCUUCGUGUUAGACGAUUCGCAGAAGGAUUUUUCGUUAUUGAAAACCCUCGUCACACUGCAAGUGGAUGCUACGACUCCAAUUAUCAAAACUAUGUAUCAAUCUGUGAAAUGGCACGACGAUCUCGAUACCUUUCAUCAUUACCUCCUUUACCGGUUCACUGUACUCCGUUAGAUGGCGAUGCCAACUCACUUCCGUUAAUUUUUGAAGACCGUUACACGGACUCUAACGACUAUGGGAAGCGUCGUUCCGGAAGUGAACCCCACCUCAACGGACACAGUGGAACAUUAGGAAAAAUGAAAACUCAUCAUCAUCCCAACAAGAUAGCCCCAAUUAUGAACACUAAAGAAUGUUCAUGCGGGAUAUCGUCCUGCUAUAUCGAUCCAAUGCCAAAAGUUUGUAGUAAUUACAUGGGACUCAUGACUACUCGGUAUGCUCUCGGAGGAGAUAUCCUUCAAGCAAGUUUGUCAAUCACACCGGCAGCAGCAGCAUCCCAGAACGGACUCUGUUCAAAACCCCUUUCGCGGCAUUCUGUGACAACUUUAAUAGAACCAGAGUGUCGGUGGGAUCAAUUCAAAGCACUCUAUACUCCUGGUGCUACAGUGUCCGGAGGAACGCUUCCGACGCGCCACAGUAAAUCUCUGGAUCAGCUUGAAGUCCAAAAUAAUACUGCAUCGCUACCACGUCAGCACGUUCACCAUGUCAAUUACAACAAUUGCAACAACCAAAAGCAAAUAAUCUACCACCAACCUGGUAAUGCCAUUAUUCAAGCAAUCCCUGCGAAAGCAAAGAAAAAUACAGUGCAAGCUGAGGAUCUACUGAAAAAUAUCAAUGAGUUCAGAGAAAAAUAUAAAAACCCUGGUGAAUACCGUAAAACAGCCAUCAGCAAUGGAUCAGUUGCUUCCGGUAUUUAUGAAGCCAAGGAUACAACAUGUCAACUUAUAAAAGACCACGUUCCAAACCAAAUUCAAUCGACGAACCGAAUACCCAAAAUAACUAAUGGUUACGCUGUCCCAAAACCUGUUUACACAAACGAUAGCAACAACAAAACGCAACCACCCGGGUGCUAUUACAAUUCUCUACCAAAGGGGGCUGGAACGGGCCUCGCAAUACCACCGAGAAACUCAUAUCCACCAAUACGAAGUAAAAAACAACAAUCAACAGGUUCGCUUAACACUAAAACAGAUUCCCAUACGAUUCCGCGCAGCAAUUCGUCAUCUCAAAUACUUAAAGUUAAAGAUGGGUCAUCAAACAGUGCCAACAGUAACACGCUACCGCACCGACCCAUGGAAUUUGCCCGAAUACGUGUAUCUGACUUCAAGCAGAUGAUAAAUAAGCAACGCCGCAACAGUAAAAGCACUAACGGUACUAACGAUUCAAGCAGCACCGAAAGUCCUGCAGUUACUCCAAAGACCCGAAAUAAACAGCGUCGACUGUUAUCUUCAGCGAGUGUUCCAUUUAAACUGGAAAAUCUGGAGUUAGAGCAAGACGGUGCAAAUAAUGGUUUCAGCGAAAGUCUCCCGAAUCUGGCACCGCCACCAGCUUUCAGUAACUCUCCGCUUCCUCCGAUACGAUUACGAAGAAGACACUCUAGCAGUGAAUCGACGUCCUCUCUCAGUGAACAAUCUGGAUGGGUUUCUAGCAGAAGAAGCAGUGUUCCUUCCAGUCCAGAUACACUUAAAAAUGAUCCUAGGGUAGUGAGUGGCGCCCAGCUGAGAAAGAAACUGUUGAAAUUACUAAACGAACAGCCAAGACUACUGGGUCGCGCAACGGAAAGCCCAUCCCAUGAAUUUUUAGUCAGAAGUAACCAAAGUUCGAUGAAGUCCAGGUCAAAUAAUGAUAACAUAAGAGGUUCUGUACAGACAGAGAACUGGAAUAAUUUGGAGAAAGAAUGGAGCGAACCAAAAUCGAAACAGAAAAACACCGAUCCCAAAAAAAGCUCUCUACAUAACACAUUAGAUACACGUUCCUCCCGAAGGAACACCAAAAAAGAAAAAUCUAAAUCAGAUUUUGAUCUAGUGAAUAUUUCCGACUACGUCUUCGAAGAUCUGCGAUUGUUGCCACCGCAACAGUUUCGAGACGCCCCACCACCACCCGAUGAGUUUCGAGAUCCGCCAUCCUUGGUAGAAGACAAAUCUAAACAAAACAUGGCUUCGAAGAAAAGCCACUCAUCACCAAAUCACGCUCCCUCGAAACUACAAACAUCGCAACCGUUACAGCCAGCUCCCUCGAUAAUUCCGCAGCCUCAAGCGAUCCCCUCAAUGAUUAUCCAACAACAGCAAAUCAUCCCGGCAGCUCAUCAGUAUCAAAUUCUCCCAGUGCAGCAUCAAGUCAUACAACAGCCCCAAUACAGUAAACCCAUUCAGCAAUCAGCAGCUGCUCCAAUUAUUUUCAAAAAAUAUGAAGUACAAGCAAUCGAUAAUCCACUCUAUCAUAUAUAUGAAGUCGUCAAAACGCCACGUCCAGUCAUCAAGUCGCAAAGCUCUACCGAACUUGCUGCUAUAGCUAAAUGUGCAGAGACGCUCAACAAUCCAAACGCAACUAUCAGCAUUACCAAUCAAAAUGGUCAUCACCAGGGACAAACUAUUCCAAACCCUCCUGAACGAAAGUCAUCUAUGCGGGAACUGUCUCGUACUCAGCAGCAGAAAGCUGAUGAGGACGAAAGCAAGAAGCGAAUUGAUCCUCCACUGCAAUUACUCGAGUUCGAAAAGUGCCGCGAAGAAUUCCGGAAACAAAUUAACUACUCUGGAUCGAUCUAUUCGGAUUUCCAAAAGCUUGCUUCGGAAAUGCCCUAUUUUCACAUCAGCGAUGAGUUCCGUGCAUUCUCUACCAAAGGCUUGCAUUUGGUAAUCUGCGUACAUGGACUCGACGGAAAUUCGGCCGAUUUGCGGUUAGUACGGACCUAUUUGGAACUAGGGCUACCUGGAGCGCAUCUGGAAUUUCUCAUGUCCGAACGUAACCAAGGUGAUACGUUUUCCGACUUUGAUACGAUGACGGAUCGGCUGGUAGCGGAAGUACUGUACCACAUUGAAACCUAUCAGCUCAAUCCAAACAGAAUAUCCUUCGUGGCCCAUUCGCUCGGUACGAUCAUUGUACGAUCGGCAUUGGCAAGACCCCAGAUGCGGCCAUUGCUGUCUAGGUUACAUACGUUUUUGUCCCUUUCUGGACCCCAUCUCGGGACACUCUACAACUCCAGCGGGCUGGUAAAUAUGGGAAUGUGGUUUAUGCAAAAAUGGAAGAAGAGUGGCUCCCUUCUACAGUUGUGUCUUAGAGACGCACCGGACCUUCGUCAGAGUUUUCUCUUCCGGUUGAGUCAACGAAGCACUCUGCAUCACUUCAAAAAUGUACUACUGUGUGGUUCAUCGCAGGACCGCUACGUCCCACCGCACUCGGCACGCUUGGAACUAUGCAAGGCAGCUGUCCGUGAUCAGUCCAACCUCGGCGUGGUGUAUCGCGAAAUGGUACAAAACAUCAUCGCCCCGAUGCUUGCGCGUCAGGAUCUGACACUAGCCCGAUACGACGUACAUCAUGCGCUCCCGAACACGGCAAAUGCAUUAAUCGGUCGGGCCGCCCACAUCGCCGUACUAGAUUCGGAAUUGUUUAUCGAAAAGUUCUUACUUGUUGCCGGUUUAAAAUAUUUCAGCUAGCUGUUUGAACUUCUGAUGGUAACUGUGCAGAGAGCAAUACAAAAUGUUGUAAUAGUAGCAUUAUUAGCCUAAUUAGCAAGUGCAUGUUCUAUUGAAAAAAAAUCAAGAAGUGAUUUUGUGAAACUACAUUAAUCUACUGGAUGUGAUUGAACGUAACCCAUUUCGAAAAGGCGAACGUAAAUUUCAAAUAUACUAAACUAAAAUGACUGAUUCCAAAGCCUAGUUUGCGAUCUGUUAGACUCGUUAUGGCAUUUCUAUAUACUUGUUCUAGUACUACGAAUACAGAGAUAAAACAACAAUGUGAAACGUAUAAUAACAACAAUUGGUACAGGGUCAACAAAAUUACAAAUUUUGCUGUAUGUGUUAACUGUUACGUGUUUAUAUCAGCGGAAGCAGAUCGGGAAAAUCGGAACGAUUUUUCAUAAUGUUAUUUAACAAUGACCGUCUUCACUGCCGGCUGUUUUCCAAUCAUGGUAGACUAUAGUUAGGUUUUGGAUAUUUUUUGAGAAUUCAAUGAUCGUUUGGUUUGUCCUGUCCUUUUUCUGUGUUAGUGAAUAAACAUAUGAUCAAAGAUAUAAUUUCUUAAAUGAGACUGAUUUAAUCUAAACAAACAAAACCAAAAUCGAAAAGUAUUAGAUUUAAUGGUAUAUCUAUCAUGCCAAUUUGUUUGGUAUAGAUAAAUCCAGAACAAAUGGGAAUCAACAAUACGAUAAACAGACCAGAAUAAACGGAUAUUAGACGUAAACAUUAUACGACCGUAGAUAGCGUAGAAAUUUUAAGAGAAAGAACAGGGAUAGCAAAUAGAUUUGAAAAGUCAGUAAGAUUAAGCAAUAAAUUUAAAGGCUCUUUGCAGAAUAUUUAAUAUCAAUUCUUCAACAUAAUGUUUCGUUUGAAGUAUUUGCAAAUUCUCACAACUGGGAUCUGAAUCAGUGAAAUUACCCUCCUCAGCAACAUGGCAAACAAAUCAACUUCAACAAAAAAAAUUUCAUUCAAACUAAUAAUGGACGUAAUUUUUUUUAGCUAUGUUUUGAUAUGAAAUGUUAGCAGAGCUAAAACAGAUUUUUGCACCAAGGGUAUGAUCUUGCUUAGUGCAAAUCACCUAAAAGAAUCCAUCACCUCAAAACUAUGAAACAACUAUGCCCAAACCUAUUUGCAUUGUACCUAUACUGCCGUUCUACGCAUAGUUGUCCCAGUUCCAAUGAGUUCGUUUGAAACAUGGGACAACUAUCAAUAAAACGGCAGUUUAAUACAAGGAAAAACACGAAAGACGUGAACAUGUACUCUAUCUGGGUAUUCAAAGCUGGUUUGCCAAAUUAUUUUGAUGCCUUCAGCUAAACAAUUUUUCCAACACCGUAAAAUAAUUAAACUUUGGAUUUUUUGGUUGCGAUUAACAAUGGAUCACAAAUCGAAAUCAAAGUAUGUCGCCACAAGAAACGCAAUGGAUUUGAAAGGUUCCUGUUAAACAUAAAACGGUUCGGAAUAUGUUUUUGAAUCACAGCUAAAAUGCAAAAAAAAACUUUGCCAACUUUGUUUCCAUACAUUCAACAUUUUUCAUGUGUAGUAAAGUAAGAGAUGAAACAAGUGCGAUCUGAUAUGGUAAUCGAAAGAGAAAUAAAUUGUCAGCUGAUUUUUAACGAGAGAACGUUUAUUAUGCAACAGUCAAUUAAACAUAAAUUCAGCCAUUUUAUAUAGUAAACAAAAUUCAAUAGACGGUAGCCUCCAAUGAGAGACCAAUCAACCAAAAAAUCAGAAAGCUAAUGUUGCAAAACACCGAAAAAUGUAAAUGACACCAAUUUCUUACCAUAAAAAAAAUGUUUCGUAACCUCUUUUAACCGGUAGGCAACGUUACGAUAUAAAAAAUUACUGAAGCAUUAAUCAACAGAUAACAAGAGGUGAAUCACCUGGGAACUAAAAAAAUCAAAUCAAAAAUAUCCUCAUAUUUUCGUAGAUCACAUUCUUCGCAACAAAUUGAAACAAAUCAAAUCUGUCCGCAUAAUACCACGUUCGUUAAUACAUACAAAUAGCGAUAGUAUAAAAACAAGCAAGAACACAAAAGGAAAUCAUCAUCUCCGAGUUGCAGUAAACACUUUAAACACCGAAGAACCCCGUUGUGCGAUGAUAGAACUAAUGAUAUUCUCAUAGAAACAUACGAUAAGCAAAAAAACUAAACAUACAUAUUGAUAAUUUAUGGAAGAAAGUAAACAUUACCGAAUAAUCAAAUCAACCAUUUUAGAUUAGGGGAAACAUAGGUGCAGUUCUUCUCCGGAACUUUUAAGAAUAACAUUAAAUAGCAAACUAGAUUUAAAAGGCAUGUUAUACUGCAUGAAGGUGCAGCUUCGAUGUUGGCAUACAGUUGGUUGCAAUGUUCAAAAGAAAAGCCAGUGCGGAUUGUUUCGAUCGUUUGCCGCCAAAGAAGAUAACACAGGAGUUCGAGAGAUUUAACACACAGUUAUCCCGCUGAAAGAGAGAGUCUAUAUGAUAGAAUUGAAGAAAUCAUCAUGAUUAUAUUUCGGAUAACCCAUUUUUUCUUGACCGUUGAAUAGAUUUGAACCAAACCUCGUAAUCAGUUACGCGUAAGCUAUAUAGGUACUACGUUUUGUUAACAGUUUUUUAAAGCGUCAACAAACGACAGGCGGUUCGCGUUCUCUUCUGCCCCUGUGCGAAAUAAACAUGUUUGAUACAUUUUCCUAAUGUUUAUCACGUUGCUAUUCGGCAAAAAAAGAUAAGAAAGAUUAUGAAUAAAUGGAAUUUCAAUCAACUGAUAGAUACCGAACUAGUUAUAUAUAAGCUUUAUUCUCGAUACAUUAGUUACAAAAACUGAAGUAGGUACAAGAGCAUUGUAAUCACAAAGGAAGGGAUAUAACCGAAAUAGUUGGCACAAGCCGAAUGUUUGCAAAUGUCAAAGUUACACUGACUUGGAUAAUUUAACGUAAAAAAAUAAAUGUAGGGUCUUUAAGAUUAUGGUGAAAGUAGAAAUAGUAAACAUGAACAAAAAA